AUAUUUUCCAUUUUGAAAGAUCCCCUCUUUUUCUUGGUAUCUGUGCAUAUCUCCAUGUUUUCACAACUGAUUCUAUAUUUGGGAACUUUCUUGAAAUAAUUUGCUUCACUUUCAAGUUGGUUUUAGGCUUUUUUCAAGAAUAAGAGAUUUGGGCUUACUUGAAAAAGGAGGGUUUUAGGUAUUUUUUUUCAAGAAUUAAGAGAUUUGGGCUUACUUCUACUGCUAUAGUUUCAUUACCAAAUAGCUUAUUAUUUUGCUCGAGAAUGACUAUAAAGGCCAGUUUAGUUCAAAAGAUAGGUAACACAAUUAAGGAAGUUGUAAGGAAUAAAGGUUCAACAUGGUGGUAUACACCUCACAUGGCUGCAGCAUCUCGUGCCAUAACCGAACGGAUCCCAUUGGUUGAUAUUCUCCUUGAAGUCAGAGAUGCGCGGAUUCCUUUAUCAUCAACAUGUGAGCUAAUUAAGCAUCAUUCACCUUCCUCGAGGCGCAUUAUAAUUCUGAACAAGACAGAUUUAGCACAUCACAUUCAAUUAAAGGAAUGGCUGAAAUACUUUGAGCAACAAAAGUGUCUUGUUUUUGGAGUCAAUUCCCAUAAUAAGGAUAACAUCAAAGAGUUAUUAAACUUUCUGCGUGCCAGAGUUCGAGAAUUACCAAAGAUUGGUCAUGGAGAUCAGACAAUUACAUUAAUGCUUGUCGGCAUUCCUAACGUUGGAAAGUCUGCCCUUGCCAACUCAUUGCAUCAAAUUGGAAGGAUCAGUGCAGCGGAGAAAGGAAGGUUAAAGCAUGCCAUAGUGAGUCCUCAUCCAGGAGAGACAAAAAAUAUUAGUGGCUUGAAGAUCGCCAGCCAUCCUAGUAUUUAUGUGUUAGACACCCCUGGUGUUUUUCCGGCUGAGAUCCUCGAUGCAGAGGUGUGCUCCAAUCUAGCUUUAACAGGUGCCAUCAAAGACUGCUUGGUUGGGGAAGUGGAGCUUGCGGAAUAUUUUCUAUCCAUCUUUAACUCGUGUGAUGAAUACAAGAAAUGGGUGAAGCUGUCAUUAUCAGGUGCUGAUGAUGUUUCUGAGUUAGAGAGAAGACAAAAGAGACAAUAUUUAACAGAUCACACGCAGGAUUUCACUGUGAACAAAGUUCGAAGAACACUCUUCGAAACGGUUUCAUCUUUCAAUGGCAAUCUACAGGAUGAGGAAAUUAUGUUGCAACUGAUCAAAGCAGAGUUUGCUGUUCUUGGCGAUGCUUUUAAUUUGCCUUCUGAUUCGGAUGAUUAUGUUCGUAAAGUGGCUGCUAAGCUGCUUAAUCUGUAUCGUACUGGAAGGCUUGGUCAUUAUACUCUAGACCUUGCUCCAAGCAACCACUUAGAAAGUCUAAGAUGUAAUGUUCUUAGUUGCGGUGCCUAAAUGAAAAGACAUGACAACUUUAGGGGACCGUCUAUGUAUUUAGCGAAAUUAGUUUGAUGAUUUUCGUGCAAUUAUACUAAAAGUUCGAUGACUUUUUCUGUAAUUAAGCCAUAUUUAAGUAUAUUCAUAGAAUUAGAUCUUGAUGAAGAUAUCAUAACUAUUCUACC